AUGUAUCAUCGCAGAUUGGAGCUGUCGGAGGCUCCGACUCGGAGCAGUCGAAGAAGCUACUGUUCCGUAUGGACGAUACUUGAGCACGUUGAUAUGCGUGGACACCUGGUAAAGCAUGCUGUGGGUCAUCACAGAGGAAACUCUUCCGGUUCCGUUAUUCCUUCGGCGACAAGAAACUUUCUAGCUUGCUUUCGAGAUGGUCAUUGCGCCCUACUCAUUCUCAUUGGAGUUCCAAGCUGGACAUGGCCAACACAUGCGGGAGUACUAGUACUCUGCACUACACGCCCGCAGACAAUCAAGAUUCUGAAAUGCUGUCCGUGGACCGUAAAGCUCUGCAAGAUCCGAACCCAAAAGGUAUCCCAAAGCACACUCCCGACCACGACUACCAAGAGCUGA